CUAUUAAGCGAUAAAAUGUCCUUUUUGGUUACCUCACCUUCCAUGAAGCCGCCGGAGUCGAAUGCAUAUACCUGCGGGACCCACGAAUAUGGCCCCACCUUCUUCUUCUUCCUCCUCAUCAUCAUCAUACGAUUCAUCGUCCACUCUUCACUUCUACACCUCCGCUCCACCGCUUCACUAUCCGGCACAAUGGCGUCGCCGCCUCCCCCCGCCACAGUCGACCUCCGGGAGCUGGGCAAAACAGGCCUCAAGCUCAGCUCCGUGGGCUUUGGCGCCUCCCCGCUCGGCAGCGUCUUCGGCCCUGUCUCCGAGGACGAGGCCAUCGCCACCGUUCGCGAGGCCUUUCGCCUCGGCAUCAACUUCUUCGACACCUCACCGUACUAUGGAGGAACGUUGUCUGAGAAAAUGCUCGGGAAGGCAUUGAAAGCAGUAGGAAAGCCGAGGAACGAGUAUAUCGUGUCGACUAAAUGUGGCCGGUAUAUCGAGGGCUUCGACUUCAGUGCUGAGAGAGUGACGAAGAGCAUUGACGAGAGCUUAGAAAGGUUGCAGCUUGAUUACGUAGAUAUACUCCAAUGCCACGAUAUUGAAUUCGGGUCUCUGGAUCAGAUUGUUAAUGAGACGAUUCCGGCGCUUCUAAAGCUGAAGGAAUCAGGGAAGAUCCGUUUCAUCGGGAUCACUGGACUUCCUCUAUGGAUCUUCACCUACGUUCUCGAUCGGGUUCCACCUGGCUCAGUUGAUGUGAUCCUGUCGUAUUGCCACUACAGCAUAAACGAUACCACUCUCGAGGAUUUACUUCCAUACUUGAUGAACAAAGGCGUUGGCAUAAUUAGUGCAUCACCUUUAGCUAUGGGGCUCCUAACCGAGAGGGGUCCCCCAGAGUGGCACCCUGCUCCACCUGAACUCAAGGCUGCAUGCCAAGAAGCUACUGCCUUUUGUAAGAGGAAAGGGAAGAACAUCUCAAAGUUGGCUCUGCAGUACAGCUUGUCGAAUAAGGCCAUCUCCUCAGUGCUGGUUGGGAUGAACGCUGUUCGUCAGGUUGAGGAAAAUGUUGUGGCUGUACUCGAACUCGAAACAAGCGGGAUCGAUCAAGAGACGUUGUCCGAGGUUGAAGUGAUCCUUAAACCAGUGAAGAACCAGACAUGGCCGAGCGGCAUACAGCAGACCUGAAGCGUUUGUUGGCCUCUCUUGCUACUACAUAUAAUCGUUUAAAGAAGCAUGAAGCAACUACGAUGUUUCCAUGUUCACUGAGGAUUCAGGCCAUUGAUAUCUCAUAUCUCCGAUGUUGAUAAGAUAGUCCGGUUGUUAAGGUCUGAAUUUGUAUCCUUUUCUGUAAAUGCUAUCGAAUAAUAUUCACCGGAAAUCAUGUGACCGGGGCUGCCUUUCUGUUAUGCCUUUGUUAGUGACAAGUUGUUUGCAUCUCUGUUUGGAUGUACGAGUGAUCAAGCAGUCUGUAGUCUUACUUCGGACAACUUAAGUACCUGUCAACUUCAGCAGAUUUUACUUUAUGUAUCCAAUGUCUAAUUCAAGUUUUCGUUUUAGUUUUGCUUU